UUCACAAUACAUCGCUGCCGUGUGUGAGAACAUCUCUCAUCGGGUGAUGUAACCGAUACACGGCGGGAAUGUACUGUGGACGUUGAGGGGGGCUGAUUUGAUCUCCUCACACGAGCCGUCGAAUGUCAAAUCGAAAUUUGAAGCAAAGGCUCUCUAAGGCCUCCGCAAGUCUGUCAGUGGAUUGUCUUUUGUUCUCUGACAGGUUUAGACCAUAGCAAUCAAGGGGACUCAACUCAACGAUGGCGACGAUGGUCUCUUCUCUUAUGUUUCUCCCGACAGCCUCCGGUAAUCGGCAGCGGUGUCGGAGGUCCUCGGAUGCAUCAUUUCGUCAUGCCGGCACCGGCAUUGCCUCCGGAAUUCGUACUGGCAUCUUCCAUCUUGGCGUGACCGUCUCUGCUCCAAAGAGGAAAAGAGGCGCGAAACAGGUUCCAUCCCACCACUGCAAAGCUGAGCUGGCAGAGCUGGCUCCUGCUACCUCCGUUGCUUAUGGAGCUCUGCUUCUCGGUGGCGGUCUCUUUGCCUAUGCACGAUCUAGAAGCAAGGGAUCUCUGUAUGGGGGAUUAUCAGGAGCUGCUCUAAUGGCAGUCGCUUAUUAUUUGAUUCAAGUGCCUGCGACAAAGGAUCUUGGUUAYGCCCUUGGUUUUGGAUCUGCUUUCCUUUUCACUUCUGUAUUUGCUCAAGAGGCAUAUUUCUUGGGGUACUUAACUGUUAGGUAUACGGUUGGUGGCCACUCGUAAAUUAAUUCCCUCAGGUCUUCUAUUUCUUCUCUCUAUCAUUGUGUUGGCCAUAUUUUACUCUUCCUUUUCCCAGCAGACCAUCUGAUCCAUGACCUGUUCUUGAGCUUGCAAUUAUCUUUAGGAGAUUGACAAGCGUUGUAUCUUUAUGAUCAGACCAUUGUACGUUCUGAGAUGGAACUGUUGUUUAGAACUUGAACUGUAUACACCCCUAUAAGUUGUGAAUAAAAUGCCACUUUACAGUUGGUCAUUGUGAAUUCAUUCCCA